CGCGUAUGCACGGGCCACUUUGAUGUCGGAUCCACUCCCGGAUUCGAUACGCGUAUUCGGUCGAUUUCCUUUAGGAAACAGUGCAGUCUAUAGAGGCUUCGUGCCAAUUUCUUUACACGUAUAGCGUAUCCCUCCUCUGGCGCAAGGACGUCUGCUUUUCCAGCGUUCGGACAUAUAAAUUCAGAAUGGGUCACCCCAGAACCAUAGGGGUGGUCCCAGAAUACUCCCCCAAAGAUACCAAACGUCUCUCACAACAAUGGCGCAACUUGAGCCUUAUGUAGGGGAUUACUACCUCUGGGCAUAUCUACCAUCAGUCCCAGCAGCUGUUAUCUUUCUCCUGCUCUUUCUAGGCGCCACCAUCUACCACUUCUGGAAGUUAUGGAAAAUGCGAGCUCGGUUCUGUCUCGCCUUCGCCAUUGGAGGCAUAUUCGAGGUUAUCGGAUACGGUGGACGAGCGGCUGCUUACAGCAGAACUGGUGAAAUCCUGCCUUACUGCAUCCAAAACGUGUUCAUCCUUCUUGGCCCGGUUCUCUUCGCCGCAUCAGUGUACAUGACCCUCGGCCGCAUCAUCCGCAGUGUCCGAGCCGAACAUCACUCUCUGAUCCGAGUCAAUUGGUUGACGAAAGUCUUUGUCCUGGGCGAUGUGCUGUCCUUCGUGGUCCAAGGUAGCGCAGCAGGCCUGAUGGCGACAGGAUCAAACGCGAAGAUGGGGAAGAACAUCGUGGUCGUCGGUCUACUGAUUCAAAUUAUCAUGUUCGGGCUGUUUAUUGUAACUUCGAUCAUGUUCCAAAGACGUAUGCAUCAUCAUCCAACAGCCCAGGCACUCGACCAGGCGAUUCCCUGGAAAUCUCACUUGCACACACUCUAUGCAAUCAGUGUGCUGAUCAUGGUUCGGUCCAUAUUUCGGGUAAUCGAAUAUGCCAUGGGUCAGGAUGGGUACUUAUUGAGCCAUGAAUGGCCAAUGUAUGUCUUUGAUGCCUUGCUGAUGUUUGCUGUCAUGGUGAUCUGGGGAGUGUGGUACCCGGGAGACCUCAACUUCCUGGUACAAAAGCCUUCCUCCGACACCAUGAGCAUGAACAGGCCUGAGGAAGGGUCACGGUGCCCAUAAGAUGGGCUAUUCACGAAGCUGAUGAACUUGAAAAUGAAGCACUUCUGCUCAGAAGUGCACUCUCUACCUACUUUAUUCUUGUGUAUAACAGGAAUCAAUCACCCCAUAGUCAGAUAGAUCAGAUUCCUGUUUUACAAUAAGCCUGGCCUAUAUACAUCAUUGACGAC